AUGAAUGCUGUCUUAAUUGUUCCUUGUUCACGUUCGAUCAUUUCGUUAGUUUGCGAUGAGAAUGUUGAUAAAAAAAAAGCGAUAGACAUCUAUUAUUAUAUUUGCAGAAGAAAGAAGAAUAUUUUUAAUUACAGUUCAACUUCCUACCCGACAUGUCCGACCAGUUGUCACUAUUGUCAGUACACACAAGUCCCACCACCUUGCUGUGCCUACAAUCAAGUCACAUCCGAUGAAGAUAUCACAGCUGAUGCUUUAGCGCAGUUAUUGGGAAUUGAAUCUUCUUACCCCAAGAGCGGUGGAUGUGCACCAUGUCCUGAUGCGUCAACUCAGGAAACAUCCAACUAUCAACAGGAGAGUUUUCAUCCGAGAAGUAUUUUGCAGUUGAUUCAAAACUCACAGCGGUUUCGACGCAGCUCUAACACAAAAGUGGACCCAGAACCACAGUGCACUAAGCAUGAUCAAGAGAAGAAGCGCAUUUUAAAACAUUCAAAACAAGAAGAUAUUGAGAAGAAACUAAUUCUUACGAUACAGGAAGUGGAGGAACUAAAAACAGAAUUUGAAACGUGUCAGCAAAGAUUAGAAUCAAAAUAUGAAGCUAUUCGGAUUCUGAAAAAACAGAUCGAAGUUUCCCGCAUAGAAAACAGCUCCAACGAAAGAAAAGUAAAAUCGGAGAACGAACAACUUAUUAAAGCCGUGAAUAGCCUUCAGUUUGCACUUGAACAACAAGAAUCAACACUAAUGGACAGCCAGGAGACUUGGGCCCGCAGAUUCGACCGCGUGUGUACAGAAAAUGUCAGAUUAUUGUCUGCAUAUGAAGAACGUUCAGAAGAACUGCGAAGAGCUGUAUCCCAAAAAAUGGCUGUGACAAGAGAACGUGAUGAACUGUUGGCUUUGUUGGACGUACAAGAGAAAAUGAAGUAUGUUAAAACACACAACAACGCCGAAGAUGAGAAUGACAAAUACAGUUCAUUUUCAUCGACUGAGCUCGCCAUCUUAGGAGCUUGCAUGUGCCGUGGCCAUAGAACUGAACCUUGCGGUUGUGCCUAUUCGGCCGCUAAUCUACACAGAGAGCUCCUCAAAAUAAAAGAAGACAUGGAUCUAAAUCGCCAGCUAAGGCAAGAAGCUUAUCUCACGAUGGACGCUUACAGAUACGCUUUUGAAGAACAGCUGCUAAGUAGCAAGCAGCUGAUGAAGUGUAUCAAUGAUUUGAAUACCAGAAGAGACAAAAAAGGCUCAAGUAGUUUCAAACUGAACAAAGACUCUGAAUCAGUGCUUCAUGCUGUCCUUGGUCUUUCCACAGACCAAGAUGGAAAAUCAACGCCUCACGAAUCCCAGACAUCGCAAAAUCUGACCACGGCCAAAUUGAAACAGUUGGACCUCGAAUCUCUCGAUUCUCCUCACUUUGUCACACUAUUAUUGGAAAUGCUUCAAGAAAAAUCGGAACUUUUAGCAUUCCAAAAGCUUGCAGCAAGAAUUUUGGCCAAUAAAGUUAAGGAAUUGCAGUUCUUACAAUGUGAGCACUUGACGCAACCAACUUACAACGUGAAGUGCAUGAAAGAAAAUAGUAAACUUUUCACAGACCAAUCAAUGGCAAAAUCCACAACAACCGCCGCUACGCACACAUCUACAACUACAUCCACGACAUCUAUAAACUCACCAAUGUCUAUGAACACGCCUAUAACGACAUCAUCAUGGCAGACGUAUUAA